AUGGAAAAUCAUAGUACUCCUCCUGAUGUUUUCAUGAAUCAUCCUUCUAUUCCUUAUCAUGUCCCCCCAUAUCAAAAGGCUCCUAUUCCUAAGAAUGUCCUUUUGUAUCAGAAGCAACAGCAAAAACUAAUGACUAAGAAACUUGUUAAAGAUCAUGGAAAGAACCUGUCCUUAAAACAUCGAAGAAUCCGGUGGGAUGCUGAUCUGCAUGGCAAGUUUGUCAAAGUUGUGAACAUGCUUGGUGGCUAUAAUAAAGCUACCGCAAAUAAUAUACAACUUCAUAUGAAAGUGGAAGGUCUUACCCUUUCACAUAUUAAAAGUCAUUUACAGUUAGAACACACAAUAAUAGAACUACAACCAGGAUCACAAGUUAAUGGUGUUCACAAUACUUCCCUUCCAAAUAUUGGCUUCGAAGGAUCGUUGAGUGCGACUAAUUUUCAAUCUUGGAAUCCCAUUCCUCAUUCAUAUACAAGCUAUGAUAUGCAAACUCCGUUCGUGUUUGGUGGAUCAAUUGCUGGAGAAAGAGCACACGAGGGGAUUAAUCGAACUAAUCACGGACAAAUGAUGAUCAGUAAUGAGAUGAUUGGAGCUGAGAUUCAACAAUUGUUAGUGCAAGAACAAUCAGAACGAGAACCUCUUGAAGUUCAAAAUACUUCCCUUCCAUUUACAACAAUGGGAGGCUUUGGAAUCGUUGCUAACGAAGGAUCGAUGAGUCCUGCUGUUUUUCCUUCUGGGAAUCUCAGUUAUCCUUCGUUAAUGAGCUAUGGUCCAUUAGGUUAUGCACCUAAUUUUACUCCUAACCAACACAACACUUACUUAUUGGGAGGAUCGGUUGCUCAAGAGAGACAAUAUGAGGGGAAUAUAGCUGGAAAUAAUGACAAUCAAAUGAUGAGAAAUCAGAAUCUAGAAGAAGAGAUGGGACAAUUUUCAAUACAAGCACAAGUGGAAGCAGAAUCGCAACCGUAUGAAGUUCAUAGUUCUUCCAUUCCAUACACUAUGAUGGAGAGCUUUGGAGAUGUUGCUUUUCCAUCUGGGGAUCCCGUUCCUCCUUCACUUACAAGCUAUGAUCUGCAAGUUCCCUUGGGUUAUACACCUAACUAUAGUAAUGGAAAUACCAAUUUAUUGAGAGAAACAUUUGCUGGGGAGGGAGAACAAGAGGAGGAUCUAGCUGCAACCUAUUGGAAUUUUGAUGCAGAUAAUGUUGUUUCCUUAUGA